AUGCUGCUCGCAAACAGCCCAAGUUUGCCCGAAAUUCAAUCCCCAGCGCAUGGCGUGAUUGCGCGACAGCCCCGGGCCGCGGCCUGCGGUUGCGCACCUGGGAUCAACCAAGUCUCGGCGUCGCAAUGCGCCUCGCUUGCCACUGUCCGCACGCGAGCCUCGUUCUCGCGAACAAGUUGCUGA